AUGAGUCUUAAUUCACUCCCCACAAAGCUUUUGCUAAUUAUUGUUGAAAUGAUCCCCGCUAAUCAGGCAGACCAGCUAGCUGGUCUAGUUAGGACAAACCGACGUUUAUACGAUAUCGUCGCGCCGUAUCUAUAUACCGAGGAGACAAUAAUGGUGGCUACUUGGUAUGCAACACGAAAAGACAAGGUAGAUUGUCUUUUGAAAGCCAUUGAAAGAAAAGCUAAGCUGCUCCCUGAUUCGCAAGGCAAGCCGUUCACUAGCAGUCUGGUUAAUGCCUGUAGAAACGGCAGUAUAAAUGUCGCCAAGCGAAUCGUGCAAAUGUUCCCAGAGAUGUUGGACGAAGAUACGGAAGACCAUGGCAUGCGUGCUCUAUCAGCGGCGGCCGCAACAGGACAACCUGAAGUCGUGUCAUGGCUGCUCGGAAUUCCCACGGUGGAUGUAAAUCGGCUGGACAACCUUAUCAGGACUCCGCUGAGCUGGGCUUGCUAUUCUGGAAAUAAAAAUGUUGUCGAAAUGCUUUUGUUGCGGUAUGACGUUAACGUCAACAUUACUGACCACGACCGAAGCACGCCGAUAGAGCUAGCUUAUGAUAACAAUAGAAUUGAAGUAAUGGGGACUCUAUUACGCGAUCCUCGCCUCGAUAUUAGAGCAUGCCGCAGGAGCAUUCUGGCGCACAGCGUCCUAGAAGGCAACCACGAGGCUGUCCGUCUCUUAUUGAGUUUCUAUGAUUCGCAGGCCGUUAUCUGGAACAUCUGGGCCUAUGUGGCGCUGCGAACCGCUAUUCGUUUCGGGUUAACUGACAUGAUAAAGCACUUUUCUAAUGUGCGAAGCUUGGACAUCAAUGACACACCUUCGCGGUACUUCCCUAGUGCAACCUUUUAUUGUCCGAUUCUCUGGGCGGCAAUACGACGGCCGGGCAGCGUUUGGAAGUACCUACUCGAUUUCCGCAAUUUGGACAUGAACAUUAGAUGUCCCGGUGUCGAUGGUACACCCCUGAUUGUCGCAAUGCGAGCACAUAGAAACUCACUGGGUACGGCGCUCAUCGAACGUGGAUGUCUUUUAAAUGAGAAGGACGAUACCCAUGGCUACACCGCGCUGAUGUGGGCUGUCAUUUGUGACAAUGAGCCGAUGGUCAAACUGCUCUUGUCGAGGGAGGAUAUUGAUCUCUCAGUCAAAGACAACAAUGGUGUUCCUGUCCUGUACCAUGCCACGCUCACGACAGGCCGCAAAUUUGAUAUAAUGAAGCUUCUUCUAGAUCAUCCGGAUGUAGAUGUUAAUAUCUCCAAUAAUAAUGGUAUGACUCCGCUGAUGCUGGCAGUUAAGAACUAUAAAUAUACCGCGGCCUACCUUCUUGUGAACAAGGGUGGAAUUGAUUAUUCCCUUCAGGAUAAUGAUGGCAAAACCGUCUCUGAUCAUGCCAGUAGAGGCAAAUGUCGGCUGCGAUUUGCGGCUUUGAUUAGGGCCGGGAUGAGAAACAGAAUACCGCCACGUCUACGGCCGCGUCUACGUGGAUGA